ACAUCCGGGUAGGAAGCAGCGGCGCCAAAAGUGAAAAGCUAAACGUCAUUUUCCCCAAAGUCAAGAGUUCGUUAGGCAUUCGAAGUCAUUUCGCUCGCGUUUAUAUUCGUGACCAGAACGCUUUGAAAAUGGACCCCAAGGCGGAUUUUUUUGCCAAACUGAAGAAACUAUGCGGGACGCUGGAAACGGAGGCGGCCCUGCUCCAGCAAACCUUCGACAACCGCCAUGACAGCGGUGGCAGUGAGGCGGCAGCGAAAGCCAUACGAGCCUUUCACGACUUGAACUGUGACGUGUUUGGCCUGAAGGGUCAGCUGCAGGACAUGCUGAAUGAGCAGAAAGCACACAAGAAGGGAGUGGAUGCUUUCAUUCAGGCCUGCAGGGCCAUGCAGAGCAAGGUCGCCCAUGACGUCCGCGCGCUCACGGAACACUUUGAAAAUUAUGGAUACCAAGCUCCCACAGACACACGUGCACCAAAUGCUGAAGGUGAGAAGUUGGAGGACAAAGAGUCAGGUGAGAACAAGCCUGAAGAAGGAAAAGGUCCAGAUGAGGAGGAGGAGGAGGUGGCGUUGGGAUGCAGCAGGUCACCAAUGCCACCUCCGGCAGCAGAACUGCCCAACCGCGCUGACCCCAUGCGCACCCCUAGAAUGUCCGACUUUGGCCUGUGCGAGCUGCAGCUUCGUUGGAACUUCUUGAGGUGCGGACAGGAGCCUACCAUGCCCGAUGUGAGCUUCCCCAGCCUGGACAUGCCGACGCCGCUGCCCCCCACACCUAAGUGUACGCUGCGCAUGGACGACGACGAGCGCCCCACCCCGCAGAUGAUGGACUUUGGCAUCUCCGAGGACACCAUGUUCUUCAACAGCGACUUCACCAUGGAUCUCUUCAGGAAGAACGCGGACAAAAGACCAGCGCAGAACCAAGACCCGCCUGUCCCAGCUCUGACUGAAAGUCUCAGUCAAGAAAACAGCUUGGUGUCUCCUGAGCCACCUGUGUUCUGCACGCCGGGGUUCGAGAUAAAAAAAACAAACGGCCAUUGUUCCCCACCACCGCAAGGGGUAGAGGACGACGCCCAAUUUCGGAGCAGCGCCGACAACCCUGAAACACCCGAGGUGCCGGUCUUCCAAACACCCUCCUUAAAACGUCUACUAAGCAGCAAAAAGCACGAGCCCCUGGUCGCAGAAAGCGAGGACAGCCACUUCAUACCACGUCUUGUGACUCCUCGUGAUUGUGCCAUCCAAGACCAACGACGCAUGUGGGAAUACGACGUGCCAGAAUUACGCAUCCCAGGUGUACAGGACAGCUUGGACUCGGAUGGAGCCACGCAGGACCUCCGCCUGAGCACCCCCCGAAUUAUGAGGGAGUUCCAUGAGAUGAGCACUCCCGAAAUGCCUGACCUUAGCUCCGUCACACAGGACAUCUGCAAAAUCGUGUUGGAGUCUCAGAAGUCUCAGAAAAGAGUAGAACACAAAAGCAGAUUUAUGAAUGUGGUAUCCAAGCAGGAGUUUCACAGCUUGCCAGAGUUUUUGAAGGUGAUGACACUGAACAACCUCAACCAGGCGGUCCAUAACAUCAACAAGUAUUUGGCCCAGUGUCCAGGGCAGGACAUGUGCAAGUGUAGGAUGGAGGAGCUGAAGAUGAUGACUGACAUGGGCAUCAAGGCACCCAUUUAUAUGCUGUGCUUGACCGAGCUCAAGAGGUUGGAGAAGAUGGAAGGAGUGGGGAACGAUUCAGUCUACAAGCUCAGCCUGAGCAGCUGAGUGUUAAGGGUGUUGGCCAUCAUGGUCAUCGUUUGCACUACAGUGGAGUUUAA